AAAAAAAUAUCAAACAGUGCUCUCUACUCUAUAGUGAAACUCGAUGGUAGCUCGAUACCUACAAUAAUAAUAAUUAUUAGAUUAUUAUAAUUUUUUUUUUUUUUUGUUCGUUUGCUAAAGUGUUUGACUACUGGCCACAUAUUAUUACGUCAAGUACUACAACAGAAAUACGAUUAUUAAGACCGUUCGCGGAGGAAAAGAAUUGAACUAAGGCCGUAUUUUGACAACCCUGAGGCGUGCCACCCCCAAACAUAUGCCUACCCGUGGCCCCUAAAAUAAGGAUCUGGAUAUCAACAUAAUACUUUAUUGUAACAUGUGCUUACACGAUAGUAAUUUGUAAUCGCAUAGCACUGUUGACAGGUACAAGUACUUGAUAGUUACAAUACCUUGGCAAUUACUUCGUUAUUAACCAUUCUCUAGUUUGGUACUACUUUCAGAUAUCAACAUGCGAAAAGAACGAUAUUUUAUAAUCACAACCCUUAUAGUCGGAAUUAUAACUGCUCUUCCAACUGAUAAGAUUGUGUUUGAGAUUGAUUCAUCUAAAAUAUCGAGUAAAACACACGAGGACAUAUCACAUUUUGCAUCUAAUUUACCGUCAAAAGAUACAUGUGGUAAAAGAAAGGCACCAAGCUUUCGAAUAGCUGGAGGAAUUGAAUCAGAUUUAGGUGUUUGGCCUUGGAUGGUAGCUCUCGGGUACGAAUCUAAAAAUGAUGUUAAUGGUUCUGUAAGAUGGAUGUGUAGUGGUUCAUUAAUUUCUAAACAACAUGUCUUAACUGCCGGUCAUUGUGAGGGUACUAGAGGGAGUAUAAUAUUGAAAAUUGCACGCUUAGGUGACUUGAAUUUGGAUUCCACAAUCGAUGAUGGAUUAACACCAUUGGAUGUUCCAAUCGAACGUUUUAUAAAACAUAAAGAAUUUAAUAGUACGAUUUUAACUAAUGACAUCGGAUUAGUGGUAUUGAAAAAUGAUAUUACUUUUACUACAUUUAUCCAACCAAUAUGUUUGCCAUUAUCACCAAUUAUGAAAGACGAUAUAGGAAACAAUUUGCCAUUUGUUUCUGGAUGGGGAACAACUGAAUUUAGAGGCAAGCCGAAUUCAUCUUUAAAGCAAAUCCAAAUUCCAGUUAUAGACAUGGAGUACUGUAAAUGGCUAUAUGAAAGUAGAAGAGUUGUUAUUGAUUACAGAAAUAUUUGUGCUGGAGAAACAGGAAAAGACUCAUGUCAGGGUGAUUCCGGAAGUCCGUUAAUGUGGUUGAAGGAAAAACAAUUUUAUUUGAUAGGCAUAUCUUCUUAUGGUUUAGGAUGUGGAGAUAAUCCAGGCCUGUAUACCAAUGUGUCUUCUUAUAUGGAUUGGAUUUUAGAGAAUAUAUAAAUUUUAAUAUAAGCAAUUAAUAAACUGUAUUUUAUUCUGAUUUCUAUAUUAAUAUACGUACACAACUAUCAUA